UGACCUGUGAGUGGACCCUUCUGAAGGCAGGAGAGGACUCAGCCCUUUGGGGUUGAGUAUGUAUCUGCUACACGCUGUGAGAUGCCCAGCAACUGGAAGGUGUCCAGAAAAGAGGGAGCGUUGUCCCAUCUUUGCUCUUUAGAUCAGCCUUCAUCACUGUAAAGAAGCAGGUGCCUCUCUGAUUAAUUCCCAAUGCGGUUUUGAUUCAGAUUUGUUGUUUGAAUUGUCGAAGAUGGCAUCAAGCCUUACAGAGGAACAAAAGAGAAGAAUUGAAGAGAACCGCCAGAAGGCUUUGGCUAGGAGAGCAGAGAGGCUAGCAGCCCAGAGAGGUGGGCAGGUGGGGAUCACUGGACCUCAGGUGAAAGAACAGAAUCCAGGCAAUCGGGGAAACUUGAAACAAGAAAACAAUCAUGUCAGGUUCAUUAGCCAGCACCGACAGAAUCCAAACAGUCCUGCGGAGCAAAAGAGCUAUCUUCAGAAAGAUUAUAGUCAUUACACUGCAAACCAACAGAUGGCUGGUUCACAUGGAGAGCAACAAAAGAAUUGUUCAGUGGACUCGGAACAAGCGAGUGGCAUUAAGCAGUUCCCUACAACGAUCCCAAAUUCUCUGAGUUAUUCCCAUAGACAUUACUCGGAUGCUGGUGGUCAGGAACAUGGACAACAAGCUUUAAUUAAUCUUGGUACAUUCCAGCAGCCCAAAUGCUACCCAGCUUUCAAAAACCCUACAGAACCAUCUCAUCCUAGAUUAAUUGGUAAUGGGCACCCUGACGGUACUAAAAAUUUACAAAGUCAGAACAAAUCUUCCAUAAAAUAUGUUCCACCAUCAAGCAGCGCUACCCUGGGUGAUUCAGAAAUGCUGAUAAACACAAGCAGACCAAUGGAAAGAGAGGGGGGAGGUGGUGGGAUGCAGAAGCUGACCAGCUGUGCUGGUGCAGGCUCUACAUUUGAAUCUGCCUCUUGCAAGAAAGCAAAUAAUGUUACACAAGGAAAAUGCGUGAAAUACGGGGAAGACCGGUUCCAGGUUGAAAUAGGGUAUAAUGCUGAGCUUAUUGCUAUAUUUAAGAAGAUGCCAAGUAAAAGCUAUGAUCCUGCUAUGAAAAAAUGGAAUUUCAGCCUGGAAGAUUACAGCAGUUUAAAAGUACCUUCCCAUCUUUUCAGGCACAUAGUAUUGAUCGCCCUGCGCUUGUCCCUGCAACUUCUGGAAGCAGCAAAUAAACUUCGGUCAGUAAUUCUGGCACCACUGGAAGGAGAAAAUGCUGUUGGCUUGGCAUCAGACUCUCAUUUCGUUGGCAGUAGUGCUGAUGAGAAAUCCCUCUUGAAGCUUUGUAAGAACUGGAAGAAACCCUCAGCCCUUGUCAAAGGGAAGUGCGUGCUGAUCUCCCGCUUGCGGUUUGAGGUUGAUAUUGGGUAUUCUGCAGAAGUGAUUGGAGUGUUCAAACGGAUGGAUUCCAGAAAUUAUGAUAUGAACACCAGAAAGUGGAAUUUCUUGCUGGAGGACUAUCCCAAACUGAUGGAAGUGUUACAGAGCCUUGUGUCGGUAGAAGUGGAGCCACUGCCCGAGGCAGUAAUAAAAACCUUUGCUGCUCAAAUACAGAGAUCUACAUCAGAGACAGAUAUUCCUGACGCUGACCUUUCAGUAGUGGACUCUGAAAUUGUGACAAGCCUCAUGCCCUUUCAGCGGGAAGGUGUGAACUUCGCAAUUUCAAGAAAUGGACGUUUACUUCUGGCAGAUGACAUGGGCUUGGGCAAGACUCUCCAGGCAAUCUGCAUUGCUGCGUAUUACCGAAAGGAAUGGCCCUUGCUGGUGGUGACUCCUUCUUCUGUGAGGUUUACAUGGGCAGAGGCAUUUCACAGGUGGCUUCCAUCCUUGAGUCCAGGUAGCACCAAGGUCAUAGUGACUGGCAAAGACAGCCUAACAGCGAGCUUGGUCAACAUCGUCAGCUUUGACCUUCUCAGCAAGAUGGACAAGCAACUUAAGAGCACUUUCCAAGUAGUUAUUAUUGAUGAAUCUCAUUUCCUAAAGAACAUAAAAACUGCACGAUGCCGAGCUGCCAUGCCUCUACUCAAGGCUGCCAGGAGAGUGAUCUUGCUUUCGGGAACCCCUGCCAUGUCACGGCCCGCAGAGCUCUACACGCAGAUCAUGGCAGUGCAGCCGGCCUUCUUUCCACAGUUCCACUCCUUUGGGCUACGCUACUGUGAUGCCAAGAAGAUGCCAUGGGGUUGGGACUACUCUGGAUCAUCCAACUUAACUGAACUGAAAAUUUUGCUGAAAGAGUCCAUCAUGAUCCGACGUCUGAAAUCAGAUGUGCUUUCCCAGCUCCCAGCAAAGCAACGCAAAAUGGUUGUGGUGGCUCCUGAAGGCAUCAGUGCAAAGACCAAAGCUGUCUUGGCAGAUGAAGCAAAGAAGAUGACCAAAGGAUAUGACAGUAAACAACAGGAGAGGGAAGCUCUUUUUCUCUUUUACAACAGAACGGCAGAAGCUAAAAUCCAUUCAGUUGUAGAAUACAUCCUGGAGUUACUGGAAAGGGGGAAUGAUAAAUUCCUGGUGUUUGCUCAUCACAAGAUAAUGCUGGAUGCAAUAGUUGCAGAGCUGGAAAAGAAACAUGUUGAGUACAUUCGCAUUGAUGGCUCCACACCUUCAGCUGAGCGGCAGUCCCUGUGCCAGAAGUUCCAGUUCUCGGAGAAGCAGGUUGUGGCCGUCCUGUCCCUCACUGCUGCAAAUAUGGGCCUGACAUUGUCUGCUGCAGACUUGGUGGUGUUUGCAGAACUUUUCUGGAAUCCAGGGAUUUUGAUCCAAGCAGAAGAUCGGGCGCAUCGAAUUGGACAGACCAGCUCCGUUAACGUUCACUACCUGGUGGCUAGAGGCACAGCAGAUGACUACUUAUGGCCAAUGAUUCAAGAGAAAAUUGAAGUGCUGGGGGAGGCUGGUCUUUCAGAAACCAAUUUCUCCGAAACAGCUGAAUCUACUAAUUACUGCCCUAAGCCAGAUCCAAAGCAGAAGACCAUCUAUGACCUUUUCCAGAGGACCUUCUCUGAGAGCAGAGAUGACAUUGAUGAAGCUUUGCUUUUGGAGGCAGCUGAUGCUUGCUGUGAGUUCGACUCUGGCAGUGCCUUGCAGGAUACAGGAGAGACGCGUUCAGUGAGUCCCCCCAGAAAGCGGCGGAUUGAGGAGUUUUUUAAAAAGUAAUGGUGACAGGAAAAGAGAAGGUGGCUAAGAGACUUCUUUAAAUAAAAAAGAGACAACAAAAGCAAUCAAGUAUUAUUUUUUCAGUUUUCAAAAAUAAAAGACUUUUAAGAUUUAUUUAUCUGUAGUGCAUUUCAUCUCAAAGGGUGAGAAGGCAGUCUGUCAGUGUGACAGAUGAGCGGUGCACACCUGGCAGCCUGCAGGUUUUGCAGUCCUGGUUUUGCUGAUGACUGAGUGGCCACGGGCAAGUAGCAAGCUGCUUUGUUUCAGCAUGUCAGCUUCCACAGUUGUUUUGUUUAAAAAGCAGAUAAUGGUUGUCUGUCCACAGGGCAGAACUCUUGUGAGAACUAACUUCUCAGCAGCAGAGUGCUUUUAAAAAUCAGUCUUCCAUCUCCAAGAAUUUCAGUUUGUAUUUAUAGGAGUUAACUGUAACUUGCAAAAUUUGGCCCUCACCUCAGUUGCUCACAAACUGGCUCUCUCAUAUUUAGUUUGGCAGUGAGGAGAAAGGAUCCAGACAGAUCUCAAUGCUUUAUGGAGGUGGGGAAGAGGAGGGAGAGCCCCAGAUUUUUGUCUGUGCAGAGCAGUCAGUACCUUGAAACCAAGCAGUAUAACUGUCUGCCGGGAGGUGUGUGUUGCCCAUUGGGCAACGUGUCUGCCUGAGCACACUGAGCUGUGGCCUUACCUGCUAAAUCUUAGGACCUGUUCCAUGGCACGUGGUUCUUGUGUCAGUGGAGGGUGAAGCUUGUGCUAACUGCCCAGGAUUAAGCCUGGCUGCUUGGGAAGGGUGUGUAGGUGGGUGUUUUCUUCAAGACUUGAGCCUGAUUUCCACAGGUGAGUGAGGAGAGGGGUACGUGUGCAGACUUUUGCCCUUGUUUUGUAAGAAAAUUAUUCUGAAUUGAGCUGUUUAAAUAAAAAGUUCGUUUAAGUCAUG